UAGCCUCUGCCAUGGGGUAAAGGGCCAACGGCACCCUCAAAGGCCCCACCUAGUGUGCCAGCAAGUCUUCCAGCCCACUGUUCACUAUCCUCUCUCAAUCUGCUCCCCUUCUGCCACUGCUGUCUGCCCAGUGCUCACCCCUCUUUUCACAGUGAGCUACUGUGUGCCUCUCUCUCACACACUGCCUUCAAGUCUCACACACUCUUUUACUGCUCAGUGCAUUCGACAAGAACACGCAAGCUGUACAAGCUGUUUAAUGAAGGUAGAGAUGGAGACAAAGACCCCACAUGCCUGUGCUUGCAGGUUAACACAGACAGACACACACACACAUACACAGAGGGAUAUCUUUUACCAGUGGAGCUCACUAUAGCGCACUGUUACAAAUAGUGCCGCAUUUGCAAAUCAAAUCGAGGCUGCGGAGAGUGGGCAGGGCCACUGGCUGGAGUUGCAGACACGCAACAUAAAAUCAGUAAUCAGUAUUUGUCACUCACUCAUGUACUUUAAAUGUAUGGACACUGUCCUCACAUAGCCUGUGCAUUUGCUGUCACAUGCCAAGGCUAGAUUCUGGAACAGCGUCCCGGUGAAGAUUCAAUCACACCAACAAGUCACGUAGACAAAAUCUGCAAGCCUAUUGUAAAAGAAUACUUGUCACCCUGCCAGAAUGUCAUAUGCUUCUCAGUUAAAAAGGAGUGUGUUGCAACACAAAGCACAAGCUGCAUAGUCACGGCCUUUGCUCACAUACAUUAGAAACACACCCCUUUCCAGUUGAGUGAACAACAGGCAGCUUCAGUGUUACCAGAAAGUCUCCGGAUUUUCUUUAUUAUCUCUUCCUAUUCAUUCCUUUUCUCUUCCAUUGUAUCUGUUGAAUCUAAAGGGAUGUCAAAUGGCCCAGUUGACCUGACCUAGAAUUUAAUGUAAUUGACCUAGUUGAAGUCACCUUCAGCUGAACAGCUAUUUCUGUCGUGUGCAGUUACAUUUCACAUCUAAUGAGGUUGUUGAGAAUGAUGUACUGUGCAUCCCACUCACGCUGAAGCACUUAAUGCAGGGGAGGGAGGAUUGUUGUGUAGCCAGUGAAUAUUAUCCUCCUGAGUGCAUGUGUAGUUUGUAGCCAUUGAAUGGUAUCUGUGUGUUUCUGACCAGAGGAUUAGGCCUGGUCAGUGCAGCUGGGCCACUUGUGCACAGAUAGCAUUGAGAGAAGGGAUUAGGGAGUAAACUGAUACUUAGCAGGAAACGAACAGUGGCUACUGGAAACUCAACUAUCCCUCCUUCCAGCCUCUCUUAUCCUCUUCUCCUCCCCCAACAACAGCAGCCACCCACCUAUCCCAGUCCUCUCAUCUCAUCCGUCCGUCAUCGACUCACAGGCCUCGGCCGGCGGAUUGUCAUGCAAAUGGUGCCCCAGGCCUCGGAGCGCUGAUAAGGAGGGCCUCUCAUUUCACAGUGCUUUGUUUUCUAAACAGUGAUGAGCUGAGUUGAAGGAGACUGGCGAAAGGGGCUGCCUGAAAGGGCUCUCUCACUGUGGCGCCCUGGGCGGUGGAGACCCAGAGCACCAGCUCAGAGGAGAUGGUACCCAGUUCUCCGUCUCCACCUCCCCCACCUCGUGUCUACAAGCCCUGCUUUGUGUGCCAGGACAAGUCCUCAGGGUACCACUACGGAGUCAGCUCCUGUGAGGGCUGCAAGGGCUUCUUCCGCCGCAGUAUCCAGAAGAACAUGGUGUACACCUGUCACCGAGACAAGAACUGUCAGAUCAACAAGGUCACACGCAACCGUUGCCAAUACUGCAGGCUGCAGAAGUGCUUCGAGGUCGGCAUGUCCAAGGAAGCGGUGCGUAAUGACAGAAACAAGAAGAAGAAGGAUGUGAAGGAGGAGUUGGUGCUACCAGAGAGCUAUGAGCUCAGUGGAGAACUCGAGGAGUUGGUCAAUAAAGUCAGCAAAGCUCACAAAGAAACCUUCCCGUCACUUGGCCAAUUGGGCAAAUAUACCACCAACUCCAGCUCAGACACCCGUGUCCAGCUGGAUCUGGGUUUAUGGGACAAGUUCAGUGAACUCUCCACCAAAUGCAUCAUUAAGAUUGUGGAAUUCGCCAAGCGGCUGCCAGGUUUCACCACCCUCACCAUCGCUGACCAGAUCACUCUCCUGAAGUCGGCCUGCCUGGACAUACUGAUGCUGAGGAUCUGCACACGCUACACUCCCGAGCAGGACACUAUGACCUUCUCAGAUGGCCUGACUCUGAACCGAACUCAGAUGCACAACGCCGGUUUCGGACCUCUCACAGACCUGGUGUUUGCCUUUGCUGGCCAGCUUCUCCCCCUGGAGAUGGAUGACACAGAGACUGGCCUCCUCAGUGCCAUCUGCCUCAUCUGUGGAGACCGUAUGGAUCUAGAGGAGCCCCAGAAAGUGGAUAAGCUGCAAGAGCCUCUACUUGAGGCUCUGAAGAUCUACGCCCGCCGCCGCCGCCCCAACAAACCUCACAUGUUCCCCCGCAUGUUGAUGAAGAUCACCGACCUCAGGGGCAUCAGCACUAAGGGUGCAGAGAGAGCCAUCACUCUGAAGAUGGAGAUCCCAGGGCCAAUGCCUCCUUUGAUCAGGGAGAUGCUCGAGAACCCAGAGGCCUUUGAAGACCAAACAGAGGACAACGAGAGCCCACCACCUCCGCCACCACCGCCACCUCCACCACCAGCCAAGGUCAAGCAGGAGGCUGAGGAUGAGGACGACAGCUGGGUCACAGAGAACGGCAGCGAGCCGUCGCCGGAGGAGGAUGAAGACGACGAUGACGACGUGGGGGAUGAAGAUCGAGACAGGGGCUCGGACAGUGAUGGGGAGCCCUGGGGUGUUCUGGAUGCCAUAGAUGGGUCAAGGAAAGGCAUUGUUGGGAGGGCGCAGUGAACAGAGCAUUUCAAACAUAAACACGCUCAUGCAGGUUCAACCACACACACACACACACACACACACACGCACACACACACACACACGUAUACACACACACGUAUACACACACUCAACCAUGCAUUGAGACAAACAACACAACCUCACUCACUCUCCCACCUCAACAAAAUGCUGGCCUUCCCUCGUACUGCACAUCACUGUGUCCUCCACAGCAGAGCCUUAUGUGUACAGACACUUCUAACUCAGGCCACAUGGUCCAUGACAAGUGAACGACAGAAAAACCAAUUAACGGAGAGAUGACAGUAAAUCUAAUGAACUCCUGGCAGUUGCUGUGACACACCGAACCUCUUUGAGAAAACUUCAUGUCUCUUUUUCUUCCACUGUUGUUGUUUGUAUCGAACAAGGGGAAGGGCCAAACCAGACACCAGAACUGAGCAGUUGAUUCCGAUGGAUUACAACAAGCACAUUUCUCAAAAGACAACAAGAGUACAGGGCAAAACCAAAUUGAGUAUGCUAAUCUUUUGUUUUUGUGGUUAUUGCUUUUGAAUAUUGUUUUCAAUUUUACUUUUCUUUUUUCAAUUUAUGAAUAAGUCCAUACAUAUCUAUAUACCAUUAUAUUUUUGUCUUUAUUUGUUAUUCUGGUUUUAUAUAUGAAUCCUUUUAGACAAGUUUUUUUCCAUGAAGAGCUUUCCUGAGAAGAUAUUCUGAUGGAAAGAAGGGUAAUCAGAACUGGCUGGGUCUUCCUUAUCAGCUACAUAUGCUUCGCUGGGGAUUUUUGGGGCACUUUGGCUCACUGUGGAUGUCAGUGAUAAUCAACCCAGAGGACUAUUGUUUUGUUGCAGUGACUUAAUCAGUUUCUGUUAUCAGGGAAUUGGCAUUAUUCUCGUUGCAGCCGACUAAUGCUGUCAGUGCUGAAAGUAAGUAUCUUUGUGCCAAAGUUAGGAAAAGUCAUCUUGGGAGCAUGAGUUUGACUGCUGGCCGGGACGCCAUUCACCAUCCAGCGAUCCUCACAGCGGCACGGUCACUCACACAUGCACUAACACACAAAUGCACACACAAACAUGCAGGUCAUACACACACUCCGCUCCCAUUACCCUCAGCUGUAGCAGAUACCUGGCAUUGAGUACACUUGACCGAAUAUGUAGCACUUUUGUGAUCCUCUAUUCAAGUAAGGCCACAUCUCGUCCGCCGAGAGUAGAGCGACUGUCUGGGGGCUUGUAUUUCCGUUAGCAUGUCCAACUGAUGACAGCAUCAACAUAUACAAUACAAUCAACCUUAGAGCACUCCCCAAUGAUGUCAGUUGACGAAUGCACAAUUUCAGCAAGGACAAAAAACAUCCAUACAUAGCAGAAUCAACACAGCGAUCAAAGACAUAUGCAAGUCGAAAGCAGGAAUCUUCAUGGAAGACAUUUUGGAUUCAGACUCAGGGCUUUUCAGUAAGGACCAAACUCUCGCUGCAUUCAGGCUCGCUAGAAACAGGCAAUAUUUAUGUGUGUAUUCUUGACUCCAUUUUGAUCAGCGCAACUCCUCUGCGUGUACAUAGAAGGUGACGAGUUUGAGAAUCAGCAUGGGUGCCAGCCUGACUCUCCCAUAGGGGGACGUUUCAUCGUGGUCAUCGUCACUGCCCCGCCUGUGCUGGUGCUGGCAUCCAAGCAGCAAACUGCCUUCUCAUCCCAAAAGCCAUUAUAUCGUCUUGUCUUGUGUACAUUCUCACUCCUUUAAUGAGCUGUGGAGGAUUUUGUGUUCUCAUGUAUCGUUUCUUUAUUGCCAAAAUGUCUCAGAGCGUGGCUGGUAUACAGUACAGAGUUUUUUUUCUGUCUCUCUUUGAAGCAAUAUGAACAUUCUUUCUGUAGCGGCGAGAGGUCCCAUCUUCUGGAUAUGGGCAUGUCUCUUCAGUUUGUGUGUAUGCGUGCGGGCAUGUGUGUGUGUGUGUGUGUGUGUGUAUGUGUGCAGGCAUGUGUGUGAGUGAGUGUAUGUGAGAGAAUGCUUUGACAUGUUUUGAGUCAUUGGAUGAAUGACCACAUCCCCUCUCUCUCUCUGCUGGGCUGUCAUGAUGUCAAUGAUGGUAAUGCAGUCAGAACUUUGAGAUUAUGUUGUUUCAUGUUUUUGUUUUUCAACAUGGCCAAGGUGUUGUCCACUCUCUGUUUAUGUCAACUCUUGUCAUACAAAGAAAAGCCAUAUAAACAGUAAGAGGCACAAUAAAAUACUUUUGUGAGAUUA